CACAGAAGCCCUUCUAUCUACCUUCUUUAUAUUCUGCUUCCUCUCUAAGCUAUUUUUUAACGUUCACAACCCCACACGCUACUCUUAUUUCUCUUUCUCUGACUAGCAACACAACUGGUACAUAAGGAGCAAGAACAAGGACGCUGAGCAAACAGAGAGAGAUCAAGAUCAGAAACAUGGUGAAGGAUAGGAGGAUUGGUGUGGCCAUGGACUUCUCAAAGAGCAGCAAAAACGCUCUUCAAUGGGCCGUAGACAACUUGGUCGACAAAGGUGACACCCUCUGCAUCAUCCACAUCAACAGCAACAAAGUCGACGAGUCUCGCAACGUCCUCUGGGCCAAAUCUGGUUCUCCUCUUAUUCCAUUGUCUGAGUUUAGAGAGCCUGAGGUUAUGAAAAAGUAUGGGGUACAAACUGAUAUGGAAGUUCUUGAUACACUCGACACUGCUUCUAGGCAGAAAGAGGUGAGCAUUAUUACAAAGCUGUACUGGGGAGAUGCAAGGGAGAAGCUUCUUGAAGCAGUUGAGGAUCUGAAAUUAGACUCUCUGGUGAUGGGAAGCAGAGGACUUGGUACCCUUAAAAGGGUUAUACUUGGAAGUGUGAGCGACUAUGUGAUGACGAAUGCUUCAAUCCCUGUGACCAUUGUCAAGGACCUUGACCAUUGAUGAUUACAAACUUAGAUUUUGCGUUCUCAUUGAUCUAGCUAUCAUCAACAAACAUGGGGCAUUGCUGAGCUUUUAUGUUUUACUUGAUCUUGGUUUCAUGAACUAGCUCAAAUUAUAAUACCCAGACACUGUAGUCUGUUUUGAAGAAUAAUGCAUUUAUGACUAUUCAAUUUUCAUUA